AUGAAUAGGAUUCCGAUUGAUGGUGUUCCUUAUGGCUCUCUAAAGAGAUGUUAUGAGUUAAAGGGAACUUCCAAUGAAACUCUUAAUGGACUUAGUUUGCUAAAUCGUCCAGGUCUAAGUUUUUCUAAUCGUUAUAAAGACGAGUUUACGGAUGAAGAUUUGUAUCCUGCCUUGAUGGAUCCCAUAUCGUAUACUAUCCAUUGUGACGGUACAUUUUGUAAUAAAACUUGUGCAGGCUGUCUUGAUUAUAAUUGUACGACUAAUGACAAGUAUGGUGAGAAAACAAAACACGUCGUUGGCCCAGCAUCUGCAACGACUGAUAAAAUCGUUACAGCCAUGCAACAAAUGAUGGGCUGGAUAGAUUCACUAGAACUAAGA